UUUCCUUCCGAGGAACAUUUGGCAAUGUCUGCUGUUGGGGGGAGCUACUGGCAUCUAGUGGGUAGAAGCCAGGGAUGCUGCUAACCAGCCUACAAUGCACAGGACAGUACCCACAAUGAAGAUUUAUUCAGCCCAAUACGUCUAUAGUGCUGAGACUUGUGUUGAACAAGACAAGCUGGGUCAAGCAUUUGAAGAUGCUUUUGAAAUACUGAGGCAGCAUUCAACCGGAGAUCUUCAGUUCUCCCCAGAUUACAAAAAUUACCUGGCUUUCAUCAACCAUUGCCCUCAUGUCAGGGGAAAUUCCACCUGCCAUGGCAUGCUGCCUACAGAGGAACCUGUCUAUAAUUGGAGAACUGUAAUCAACAGUGCUGCAGACUUCUAUUUCGAAGGAAAUAUUCAUCAAUCUCUACAGAAUGCCACUGAAAACCAGCUAGUACAACCUGCCAUCCUCCAGCAGAAGGGAGGAAAAGGCAGAAAGAAGCUCCGGCUCUACGAAUACCUUCAUGAGUCCCUGUGUAAUCCUGAGAUGGCAUCUUGCAUUCAGUGGGUAGAUAAACCUAAAGGUGUCUUUCAGUUUGUAUCAAAAAACAAAGAAAAACUCGCAGAACUUUGGGGAAAACGAAAAGGUAACCGGAAGACCAUGACUUACCAGAAAAUGGCCAGAGCGCUGAGAAAUUAUGGAAGAACUGGGGAAAUCAUCAAAAUCCGGAGAAAGCUAACUUACCAGUUCAGUGAGGCUAUUCUCCAAAGACUCUCUCCAUCUUAUUUCUUGGGGAAAGAGAUCUUCUACUCACAGUUUGUUCAACCUGAACAAGAAUAUCUCAGUUUAAAUAACUGGAAUGCAAAUUAUAAUCAUGCAUGUGCCAAUUACCAUGAGUUAAAUCACCCUGAUUGCUAAAUACAACCUUGCAUGUAAUAGUUAGCUGGCAUCAGAAAUCCCUGCAAGCUUCCGUAUUUUCCUCUUAAAAGCAAAUAUGGAAGAGAAAAAAAUUAACUUUAUUGUUGCUCUUUUUUAAAAACAUGUAAUCUGUACUAACUUGGUGGGAAAUUCUGUCUGUGAACAACUUUAAAUGAUCAAGCCCCAUUUGAAAGUAUGUCCUUCAUCUCACUAUUUUCUAUGCAAAUACAUUCUUCCAGAUUAACAAUGCCAGUAGAGAUGAUUUGGUUUAUGUAUUACUUCCCGUACCUGUCAUAAACUCAGGUGAAAAAAAUCACUCUAACAUCUAUCUGAUGACUUUAAUGAGGAAACAACAACAAAAAGGACUGCGUAUGAUAAAGUGUUCAUGCAAAAAGUAGGUUCAUCACUUUAAAAACAUGGAUAUUCUGAACCUGUAUUUCCUCUACACUUCCUCUCAUGGUCUGUAACUGUGGAGCUAAAGAAGCAAUAGUCUAAGGUAAAUAUGACCUUCCUUAAUGAUAAUAAAACUCAGAAGCAUGCACCUCCCACAAACCA